GAUGUCUUUCACUCUCUUUCAUUCCACUUUAUAUUUUCAAUAUUAAGUCUAUGGGCAAUACAUAAUCAUAUAUUUGACAUAUGUCAUCUGAUUUGCAAAUCACAGAAUUUGUUUAAAAAUUUUCAUACAGAUUGAGUUUGAGUUUAUGAUUUAACUUUCAAUUAACUAUAUUUAAUUAGUGGUUAAAUUAGUAAAAAAGAUUGAGACAAUUGUAUAACCAUUUAUACAAUAGAAACAACAGAAAAUAUGUGCAGUAAAGCUAUAAAUUUGCGUGUGCAGUUACAAGGAAUAAUAGCUUCAGGAGGAUCUCACAAAGAUCAGGCUGAAAAGUACAGAGCAACUCUGGAUACAAUUUUCAAAGAAAGUGAUGAUGACUUAGUUGAUUGUUUACAAACUUUUAUAGAAGCUAUUGUCAAUGAGAAUGUGAGCUUGGUAAUAUCCCGCCAGAUUCUGACAGAAAUUAGUAUGCAUUUGAUGAAACUUCCUGAUGAUGUAUCAAAACCAGUGUCACAUUUUAUGUUAGAAAAGGUACAGCCUAGAGUAAUAUCUUUUGAAGAACAGGUAGCUAGUAUUAGACAACACUUAGCACAUAUAUAUGAAAGGAAUCAAAUGUGGAAGGAGGCUGCAAUUGUUUUGGUUGGCAUACCUUUGGAAACAGGGCAGAAGCAGUAUCCAAUUGAUUAUAAACUUGAAACAUACUUAAAAAUUGCCAGACUGUAUUUAGAAAAUGAUGAUCCAGUACAAGCUGAAGCAUUUAUAAAUAGAGCUUCACUUCUUCAAGCCGAAUCUCGUAAUGAGCAACUUCAAAUUUAUUAUAAAGUAUGCUAUGCUCGAGUUUUGGAUUACCGUAGAAAAUUUAUAGAAGCUGCACAAAGAUAUAAUGAAUUAUCUUAUAGGACCAUUGUUCAUGAAGAUGAAAGAAUGACUGCUCUAAGAAAUGCUUUGGUAUGCACCGUUUUGGCAUCUGCAGGUCAACAAAGAUCUAGAAUGUUGGCUACAUUGUUUAAAGAUGAAAGAUGUCAACAAUUGCCAGCGGUCGCUAUUUUAGAAAAAAUGUAUCUGGAACGAAUAAUCAGAAGAUCUGAACUCAGAGAUUUUGAAGCUUUACUUCAACCGCAUCAAAAAGCUUCUACCAUUGACGGUUCUACAAUACUGGAUAGAGCUGUUAUUGAACAUAAUUUACUGUCGGCUAGCAAAUUAUACAAUAAUAUAAGUUUUGAGGAAUUGGGAGCACUAUUAGAAAUUGUUCCUUCUAAAGCCGAAAAAAUUGCUAGUCAGAUGAUUACAGAAGGAAGAAUGAAUGGUUACAUAGAUCAGAUAGAUUCAAUUGUUCAUUUUGAAACACGCGAGACGCUUCCUCAAUGGGAUAAACAGAUUCAAUCUUUGUGCUAUCAAGUAAAUUCUAUCAUUGAAAGUAUAUCAAAACAUCAUCCAGAAUGGAUGUUGAAAGUCAUGGAUGAACAAAUGGUGUCUUAAUUAUUGUUAUUUUCGAUUGUGGAUGUAUGAAACUUAUUUAAAUGCUACUCUAUUUGUAAAUUAAAAUACUGCACUUUAA